AUGACAUCAAAAGGCGGUUACAGGAAAAUAUCCGGUGGUGACGACAACAAAGUCAGUUUUGCAUCUGCUCUCUUUUUUCGUUGGAUGAACGGAGUUCUUAAGCAAGGCAGUCAAAGACCUUUGGAUCAAAAUGACUUUUUACCAUUGUCAGACGAGAACUCUGGCCGCUUUGUUACCGACAAGCUUCGAACAAGCUGGGAAGGCAAAAAACAUCAUUGCAAGAUAAAAGGAAAAAGGCCUAAACUUUGGAAAAGCGUGUUUGAUAUGCUUUCUGUCAAAGAUGUCAUCAUUAUUUUGACAAGCAAUAUGUUGUGUACAACUUCACGUUUUCUCUUUCCAUUGUUUCUCGGGUAUUUCGUUUCUAUGCUUAUUUCAGCUGAAGCAAACAAUACUUACCUGAUCUACGCCUGCGCAUUAGCUUUGUGUCUCAAUGGUUUGAUCGGUGGUCUUGGUCUACACCAGCAAGACUACAGAUGUGAAGUGUUGGGGAUCAAAAUAGGCAGCGCCCUGAGGGGACUGGUGUACCACAAGACACUUCUUCUCAGCAAACAGGUGUUACUGGAAUUCACUGCAGGACGCUUAUUUGACCUGAUAUCUAAUGAUGUUAAGAGAAUGGAAGAAGAGACAGUCAAGUUUUUUUUCUUGACACCUUUUGCAGUCCUGUCGUAUGCAGGAACAACAUUCCUUAUAUACAAUCUGAUUGGUUGGCAGGCUACAGCGGGAGUGUUUCUCCUGUGUAUUCUCAUGCCAUACUUUGCCGUCUUGUCCUAUGGUAAUGCUAAGCUGCGCUUGCGCACAGCUACAGUGUCCGAUCAGCGAAUCUCCCUUAUGAAUCAAGUAGUUUCCGGAGUCCGCGCAGUGAAAACGCAUGCGUGGGAGGAAGAAUAUCAGCGAAAAAUAGAAGAUAUACGAAGGAAUGAAAUCAGCGUCAUUUCGAAGAGGACAACCAUUCAGUCAAGUCUUGACGCCUUGUUGUACAGUGCGACGCCAUUAGCUACUCUGGUGUCGGUAAUUACUAUGGUGCUCACAGGCCAGACCCUCACACCUGCUAAUGUUUUUAUGCUGCUGUCGUUUAUGGGUGUUCUAAAACUUGCUGGCAUGUUUAAUUUGACAAAUGGUUUCAUGAGAACAUAUGACGCAUACGUUUCACUUGAAAGAAUCGAAGAAUUCCUUCUUUUAGAAAAUUUAUCGGAGGCCUCGAAGGGUGAUGAAAAUAAGGAACACCAACAAAAGGUCGAGAGUACCUCCAUUAAACAAAGUAGCGGAUACUCAAAAAAAGAAGCCGAAAAUAUGAAGAACAUUUCAUCCUCUUUUGAAGUAACAGAACUAGGGCCAACUGAUCUAUGUGUGUCAAAGUUAACCUGCGCAAAAAGCCAUCGUGAACAUGAAUUUAUUCUUCAGGAUAUCAACUUUGUUGCACCUUUAAAGAGUUUAACAGUAAUCACCGGGCCGGUUGGAAGUGGUAAGUCCACUCUACUCUCAGCGAUCGCUGGUGAAAUUUCCAACAGUAGUGGGACGAUUUUGUAUCGAGGCAAUGUCAUUUACUUGCCUCAGACUGCUUGGGUGUUCUCGGGAACAAUAAAAGAAAACAUUCUGUUUGGCCAGCCCUACGCAGAGUUCAAGUACGAAAGAAUAAUCGACGUCUGUGCUCUUAAAGAAGACUUUCAGCGAUUACCUGAUGGUGACCAAACAGUUGUUGGAGAACGCGGCGAGGUUCUGAGUGGAGGACAACAGGCAAGAGUAAGUUUAGCUCGUACAGUUUAUGCUGAGGGAGAUGUUUAUCUGUUGGAUGACCCACUGAGUGCUGUCGAUUUUAAAGUUGGGCAACACAUCUUUAACAAGUGCAUCAAAGAUCUACUGGCUGAUAAAACUGUUCUGUUAACCUCUCAUCAGCAACAGCACAUGGAAAAUGCCGAUGAAGUGAUUGUGUUGUACAGAGGGCGGGUACUGGAUAAGGGACGCUUUAUUGAGCUGUACGAAAAAGGUGUACUUAGUUCAACUGUUGACCCGCUCUAUAAAGCAGCUCUGAAGGACAAAACAGAAUCAUCGGCGACGUUUACCUGGGAAAAUACUGAGAAACACGUCGAUGCUGAAAAAUGCCAGAAAACACAUUCUCUGCCUAAUGAAGCGAAGAGUUUGGAGAUAGCAAAGGAAGAUCGUACAAUUGGAGUUGUCACAUCCAAGCUGUAUUGGAACUACUUCAGAAGUGGAGCACAUCCUUUGAUGAUAACUGGAAUGGUUGUUUUAAUUCUCAUUACUCAAGCCAUCAUUGUUGCUCCGGACGUGUGGCUCUCGUUUCUUGCAAGGCUAAUCCCAGAAGAUCAGAAGAACAAGACUUAUUUAUCUGUCUUCGCCUGUCUGGUUGGCGCGUGUUUUAUAUUUACUAUUAUUCGGGCUUAUGGAUUCCUCCUACUUUCUCUAAAGUGCGCCGAGCGUCUUCACGAUAAAAUGGUUGUGGCCCUUUUACAAGCACCUGUCCUGUUCUUUGAUUGUAAUCCAGUGGGAAGAAUCCUAAAUCGCUUCUCGAAUGAUAUUGGCUGCGUGGAUGAGUUAUUACCCAAAACAUUCCUGGCGGCAAUGCAGAUGCUUUUGAUGACAUUUGCCCAAAUUCUGGUAACAGUUGCCACAAUUGUUUGGCUCGUGUUUCUCGUUGUUCCAAUUUCCGCGCUGGUCGUUCUUCUUUCCAAUUAUUACUUGAAAACGGCCAGAGAACUAAAGAGGCUGGAGUCGAUAUCUCGUAGCCCGGUGUUCGCUCACUUUUCGGAGACUCUGGUUGGACUGGACACGAUUCGUACAAGAGGAAGACAGACAGAUUUUGUGGACACACUAUACAGAUACCAAGAUGUUCACAACCAGGCAUACAUUAUGGUGAUGGCCAGCGGUAGAUGGCUCGGUACACGUUUGGAUUGUCUCACUUCCCUGUUUGUUGGUGCAGUUGCUCUGGCUGCAGUCUUGGUAUCCCAAGAUGCUGCUUCUGCAGGUCUCGCUCUUGUUUACGUCAUCCAAACUCUGUGCAUCACUCAAUACACAGUUAGAAAAACCUCUGAAAUGGAAAACUACAUGACCUCAGUUGAACGAGUUAUGACCUACACCAAACUCGACGGGGAGCCUGGAUACGGGGAAGAACGACAACCCCCAAAAGACUGGCCUCAGAGAGGAAGUAUUAUAUUCAGAGAUGUAUCUCUGACUUACUAUCCGGGGGGACCUCAAGUGCUGAAGCGAAGGAUUAGAAUUUUCUCUGAAUUUUUGCAGCUUGACCCCACGCGACUAUGCCAUAGAACAAAUAGGACGCUUCUUCUCAGCACGCAGGUGUCACUGGAAUUCACUGCAGGACGCUUAUUUAACCUGAUAUCUAAUGAUGUUAAGAGAAUGGAAGAAGAGACAGUCAAGUUUUUUUUCUUGACACCUUUCGGAGUCCUUUCGCGUGCAGGAACAACAUUCCUUAUAUACAAUCUGAUUGGCUGGCAGGCUACUACGGGUGUGUUCUUCCUGUGUAUUCUCAUUCCAUACUUUGCCGUCUUGUCCUAUGCUAAUGCUAAGCUGCGCUUGCGCACAGCUACAAUGUCCGAUCAGCGAAUCGCCCUAAUAAAUCAAGUAGUCUCUGUGAUCCGCGCAGCCAAAACGCAUGCGCCGGAGGACGAAUAUCGGCGAAAAGUAGAAGAAAUACGAAGUGUUACUGAGGAAGGAAUUUUUGCUGUUAUAUUCGAGUGGAAACUGGCUGUAUAUCUUGACAUAACUUGUCGCCUUCUCUUUCCACUGUUUCUCGGGUAUUUCAUUUCCAUGCUUACGUCAGCUGAGGCAGAGAGUACUUACCUGAUCUACACCUGUGCAUCAGCUUUGUGUCUCAAUGGAACAACAUUCCUUAUAUACAACCUGAUUGGUUGGCAGGCUACAGCGGGAGUGUUCCUCCUGUGUAUUCUCAUGCCAUACUUUGCCGUGUUGUCCUAUGCUAAUGCUAAGCUGCGCUUGCGCACAGCUACAGUGUCCGAUCAGCGAAUCGCCCUAAUAAAUCAAGUAGUCUCCGUGAUCCGUGCAGCCAAAACGCAUGCGUGGGAGGACGAAUAUCGGCGAAAAGUAGAAGAUAUACGAAGAUAA